UCACAUUUACUGAUUCCUUUAGGUUUUAGCCACAACCAUCGGAAUCAAUGGCGGAGGAAACGUCCACCGGAGUAGUCGUUCGCUUUCAUGCCAACAAGGGUUACGGUUUUAUCAAGCCAGAUGAAGGCGGCGAAGAUCUGUUUGUUCAUCAAUCCGAGAUCCAAGCUGAAGGCUACCGUACCCUCCAGGAUGGUGAGAAGGUUAAGUUUCUAGUUGUUGAAAAGAACAAUCGCCACCAAGCUGUGAACGUUACUAGUUUAGAUGAAUCUAUCGGUGACAGGAAUCGUAAGCGUGAUGGUUAUGGUGGCGGAGGUCGUAGAGGUGGUGGUGGUGAUGGAUACGGGUUUAAUCGUGAUGGUGGAGGGUUUAGGGGAAAUGGUGGUAACGGCGGUGGGUACCGGAGUGGCGGUGGGUAUAAUGAUGGUGGAGGGUUUAGGGGAAAUGGCGGACGUGAGUGUUAUAAUUGUGGCGGAGUUGGGCAUCUAGCUAGGGAUUGUAGUAGCGGCACUGGUGUCGGUGGUGGUGGUCGUCGCGGCGGCGGUGGUGCUUGUUAUAACUGCGGAGGGUUUGGUCAUUUAGCUAGGGAUUGUUCUCGCGGAAGUGGAGGUAAUGGUGUUGGAGGCGGUGAAUGCUACACUUGUGGUGAGCCAGGGCAUUUGGCAAGGGACUGUACGGCAGGAGGUGGUGGUGGCGGCGGCCGUGGUUACUCUAGAUCUGGCGGCGGUGGUUACAGGUCUGGUGGUGGUGGUGGUAACUGCUACCAUUGUGGAGAGCCUGGACAUUUCGCUAGAGAAUGCCCAACCAAUUCUUGAUUAAUAAACUAACAAAAGUGUAUCCUCAAAACUAGUAUGACGAUUAUGAUCAUUUGGGGUACAUUUGGUUGAUUGAUUUUAGCUUUUCUUUUGUUAAUUGGCCUAUACAUCUGAAGGAACAUUCUACUCUAGUAAUCGUGUUGGUUAUUUGCACAAUUCUAUGAACAUAUUGUGGUGGCUAGUUAGUAGUCGCAAUUUUGCUCA